UUUGAAGGGCAGUGGUGGCUGCGUGCCAGGUUUAAAGACUCGCUGUUGCUGCGUUAAUUAAUCGACAAGUACUGUGUGAAAUAUUAAGAUAUUACUCGUCAUACAGCCAGCAGUGCUGCAGUAAAACGCGCAACAAGAACUGUAUUCAUGAAUUCAUAAAUAUGAACAAGUGGGAAGCGUACACACACAAAAAAAAAAAACUACAAAUCAUUUCACAGCAUAACGAAACUAUUUUAACACUUUAUAAAGCAGCGGUUUAAAACAUGAACACGUGUAUCGUAAGAGAAGCAACGCGAUUAAUUCCAGCGCCACAUUCCUAACAGGAUUUGUACUGAAAGACGCAACAAGUAUUUUUGGUGCGCUGUAACCAUGUCUGCUGAAGCCGGCGGUGUACAGCCCGGGGUUCCCCCAAUCUCCAUCUCGUUCUCCGGGUCCGGGUUCAUGGUAGUUUACCAGCUCGGGGCUAUCCAGUGCCUGCUCGAUCUGGCUCCCGAGGUCAUACGCGCGGCGCCCAAGGUCUACGGAUCUUCUGCCGGCUCGCUGGCUGCUGCCGCUGCUGUUUGCGGGGCGAGUAUGGAAGGACUGCGCGAUGAGAUCGUGGCGGCCGCGCUGCAGGUGCGGGAACACGUCCUGGGACCCUUGCAUCCCUCCUUCAGCCUCUCCAAGGUCCUCCAGAGCAGCCUGCAGCGGAACCUGCCGGAGAACGCGCACCGGCUGGCCACGGGCCGGCUUCACGUCUCCAUGACGAGGCUGGCGGACGGUGAAAACAUUCUGGUGUCCGACUUUCAGUCCAGAGAAGACCUCGUCCAGGCUCUGCUGUGCAGCUGUUUUGUGCCGGUCUACUGUGGUCUGGUGCCCCCUAGUUUCAGAGGCCAGCGCUACAUUGACGGUGGCUUUACCAACAUGCAGCCCAGCCAGGAGGCUUGCCUCAUGGUCACCGUGUCCCCUUUCGCUGGAGAGAUGGACAUCUGCCCUCAGAACCCGACCAUCAGCUUCUACAACCUGGCAGUGAGCGGCGCCAACUUCCAGCUGACUGUCCAGAACUGCACGAGGAUGGCCGACGCACUCUUCCCUCCCACGGGAACGGUACAGAACCGGGUCAACGACCGGUACAGGCAGUUAGAGGAGACUGAUAAUACCUCAACACAACCCAGAACCACUCAGUGCAAAUACCACGGAAUAGCAAGGAGAGUGGAAAUAGAAUAGUAAGGGGUGGAAAUAGUAAAGGGAGAGUGGAAAUAGCAA